AUGACCUCCUCCCCCAUCUGCUGCCUUGAGAAAAGGGCAGAUUCCUCUGAAGCCAUAACCUGCUUUGUGUUCCUGCUCUUCGCUUUCCUGGCGCUGCCGCUGUCCAUGGCCUUCACAGGAAUGAAGUUUUUGGAGGACUGUCCCCUACAGCCCCUCAUUCCUCUGUAUUUGCUCGAGGGUGGGCUCGUCGGGGCCUUAAAGGCGUCUCUCCCGCUGUACGACUCCACCCGGAUGAGGCGGCUUCUGGCCAAGGCCGUGGUGAUUGACGACGAUGACGACCAACAUCCCUGGAGGCGGGACGCACACAAGUAUUACGCCCCUCUGCUCAGCCUCUUCCUCUUCCUCUGGUUCAUUCUGGGAAACUACUGGGUCUUUGCUAUUUACCCGCCUGAUUUUCUUUCCCCUUUCCAGCAGCCUCAGGAUUACUGUGACAAAACCCUCUAUCUCUUCGCAGUAGUGGUCCUGCUGCUCAGCCACACCGUGCUGGGCUUACUCGUCCUGGGUAGCGGCUGUGUCUACAUGUGGUCCAGGUGGAGGUCUGCUGCUGCGGAAGACUGA